GUGCCCGCGCAGCUGAUUUCACGAGAAGACAUUUUUGCUGGUCGUCAUUUGUUCUUGUUGUUUUCUGUAUAACUUAUUAAAACUUCGACAUGAGCGACUCAGAACAAGUAAGUGCUGUUGGUGAGACGACGCUGCCAGAGAAGGUGGAGACAACUGAGCAACAAUUCACAAAUAUCGCACAAAAACCAUCAGUAAGGAAAGACUGGUACCAAACAGAUACCUACGUAACAAUCUCAUUGCUGAUUAARCAAUGCAAAUCACAACAUGUGAACAUAUCGUAUCAGGAAAAUCAUAUUGGUGGUAAAAUUGAAAUUCCUUCUGGUGGGACAUAUGAACUUGAUCUUAAUUUAUCACACCCUAUUGAUAUUACACAGUGUAAAACAAGGAUUCUUCAAUCAAAGAUUGAAAUAAAGCUAAAAAAGAAAGAUGCAAUCCAUUGGACAGUUUUAGAGCUUGAAAAUGUUCAAGAAAAUGUGAAAGCAAUUCCAGCAGAAACUAAAAGCCAGGAAACUGAUGACACCAAUACAGCACACCAGUACCCCUCUUCAAGACAUGUCGUGAAGGACUGGGAUCGCUUAGCAGCAGAAAUCACAAAGAAUGAUGAUGACAAGGAAGAAGGUGAAGCAGCUCUUAAUGCRCUUUUCCAGAAAAUUUAUGGCGAAGGUGGCGACCAAGUCAAAAAAGCAAUGAACAAAUCAUUUGUUGAAUCUGGUGGUACAGUUUUGAGCACAAAUUGGGAUGAAGUAAGCAAAGCUAAAGUUGAUAGAAAACCUCCUGAUGGCAUGGAAUGGAAAAAUUGGGAAAAAUAGUGACAUUCAAUUUUACUAAAAUUUGAAGCAUUCUGCAUUCUUUUAGUGGCCAGGAGCCUUAGCUUUUAAAAUGGACUAGGCCUUAUUUGUCCACAAUUGGCACAGGAAGCCCAUAUCGUGUUUUGUAACGUGUCAUGCAAUGCUGUUUUGAUUGUGUGUAAAUGUUGCCCAAACACCCAUCAGUUUUAUGUGUACACAGGUAGUCCAAAYUACUAAAGCAUGCUUGAAAAUAGUAGCAGGAUUAUUGCUCAAAAUCGUAUUUUGAAUGCUGUUUUAAUAGUCUGAGUCUCUUCACUUUUGAAUUAAAACUCACAACUAUAGCUUCUUUUCAUCAAUUGUUCAAUGAGAGGUGGCAGUAUUUGAAGCUUAUUGUAUAAUUUGCCUUGCUUUUAUUGUGUAAACUGAUCACAAAAUGUAAUUAAGACAGAGGUGUUUUUGUCACACGAGAAUGGUAUUUUUAUUAAUAUGCAUAAAUACAAUAAAAUAUUA